UGGAUUUCGGUUGGGGUCUGGUUUUGUCCGAAGUUGACAGUUGAGUUUUUUGAGAGCUGCUCUCUCCCUACGUCAGCUUUUUUUGCAGAAUCUCUUUAAUUACGCACUGUCAACCCUGGAGAUUUGGAUCAGUUACAAAUUUACACCCGAGUUAAGGUUUCAGAAUUAUUUUUUCUACGUGAUAAGUGAAGAUAUUUUCCAAAUCUUCGAAACAUCACAUAUGCUAUAACUAAGAUGCUGCCGUUGUGAUCGCCUGGGAGAUAGAAAAAGUCAGCCUUCAACGCUGAUUACAAUCUGCUAGGAUUAUUGAUUGUGGUGCUUCAAAAGUGUGUAUACGGUGAAAUCCUUCAUCUGGAUGCGCUCGUUUACACAAGGCUGGAAAAAUGUCUGCACGCUCUAAACCUUCUCCCCAGCUCCAAGGGACAGUGCGUUCAUCUGCGUUUAGUUUGCAUUCUGCCAAAAAAUCUUCGGACAAAGGCUCAUAUACGAACACCCGUGGAAUUUCGAAAAACGCUGAUUUAGCCGUGUCUACAUCAUCGACGCUUAUGCCGCCACCACGUUCGACUGUUAAAAAGAAGCCUCAGACGUUAACCAAAGAAGCAGCACCCCGGCCUACUAAGAAGCUGGCUAAGGAAAAUUCUGAUGAAGUUCCAUCCCUUGAGGGAUUAUCCCGAAGUAUAACCAGUUCAGCCCGCAAACCGGUAUCCUCUCGUGGGACAUCCUCUUCUCCACACAGUGCUUCGCCUGUUCACUUUGAUGGUGGUAAUUUGUCUGAUAAAUCUGCCAAAAAACUGGAUUCGUCAGGAAGCAUCAUCAGAUCGAGACUUGCUGCACCGGGAACACUUACGCGCCGGUUACGAGAAACUGCUCGUGCCGAACCAUCGGAUCAUGGCUCCUCCAGAACCAUUGGCCAUCAACCCGGCCGUAACACGGUUUCUACUAGUAUGCCGGCACGACCAAAGUAUCCUGUCCAAAUGUCUAAAUCGGGUGUCGACAGCAACACCAAGAUGGAUGGUCACCCACCCGAGAAAGCGCCGUCCACACCCGGAACGGAUGCUUGCAAAAUUAUUGGGGAGGGCGACGUACCGGUGGAAAAUGUCCCACCCAUUUCCAGCGACUCUCAGCUGUUCCUGCAGAUCCAGUCUCUGGAGGAACGGAUGCGGCUGAUCUCCGAUGAGCUGACCAUGACUAUUCGCGAGAAAGAAGCAGUUCAGCAAAGACUUGAAAAUUUGACCGAAGAGCAUAACGCGACAUUGCAGGAAUUGCAGGCAACUCACAGUAAACAAGAGGUCUUGUUGGCCGAGAAUCAGCAGUUGACCCAAUCUCAUAACAGCUCAUCUGGACAACUCGAAAGCCUCAAAAUGCAGGUGGACGACUUGCGCACGCAGUGUGAUGGAUUAUACACUGAGCAAAAGCGUGUAUGUGAUGCUAAUGCAGCGCUGCAAGUCGAACGUGAUCAGCAGAGCGAGCAGCUGCGCGGGAUGAUGGAUGAACGCGAGCAGACCCUGUCUGAACUUGCCGAUUUCCGGGCACAAGCGGCGGCUGCUCUUGAAAAGGCUCAAAAUGCGGAAGACCGACUUACUAAAGUGCUGGAUGAACGAGAAGCGAUUAAAAAAGAUUUCUCUGCUGUUAAAAAGAAACGACAUGUAGAUUUGGAGAAAGCCCAGGAGGAGGUGAUUCUCCUGCAGAAGAAAAUCGAAGAAAAAAUAAAUGAAGCGGAAAGUUGGCGCGCCGUCGCAGAGCUGAAAGGCGAAGAAAUCCGGAAGCUGCAGAAAGAGCUGGAAGAUGCGCGAAGUAUUGUGGAGCGGCAUCAGUUGUGCGAAGCGGAAUUGAAACGCCAGUCAAUUGAUAUCACUAGUUUGCAAGUAAAAGCAGACAAAUGCACUGCAGUCGAACGGGACCUUCGUACUCUACUAGCAGAAAAGGAAGAUGAGCUGCGAAAUCUCCGGCGUCAGUCAAUGUUGCUUACCCAGGAAAAAGAUACGUUGAAAUACCGACUGGAUGAAAUGAGCGAGCAAGAACCGCGGCGUCCUCGACAUUCCACUGUGUUAGUUGCCGGAUCUCUUAAUGAACAACUGGAGUGCUUGGAAGAGGGCGAAGAUCUUUGAACACUUUUUUUCCAUGACUAUGCGGAUGCGUGAUCUGGCCUGUAUCGGGCCGCUGUCGGCAUUGUUUCAUUGCUCCGCGACGUUUUGUCAGGCUUACGCUAUUGCAUUUUGCGAUCUUCUGUGCCUGCACGGAUAUUUUUUCCAAAGUUUUCAAGUAUUGCCAGUUGUGUGAGUUUAGUGUUAGUUUCACAUUAUUCCCGGUUUAGAUUGUUUAUUUAUAACGAACGCUCCCUUCUUUUUAUCGUGUAUAGGUUCAUCAUGAUCUUCCUGAACCUUUGGCUUGUUCCUUUUGAUUUGGUGAUAGGUGUCUGUACAUAAAAACUUUCAAUCAGUCCAUGCGAAAUGCA